GGCACCGUGCUGCCCGGAGGCAAUGUCAGCUCCAACCAGAGCGCCGCUGACCCCACGCUGUCGCGGGACGCGUGGACGGUGGGCAUGUCGAUCCUCAUGUCGGUGAUUGUGCUGGCGAUCGUCUUCGGCAACGUGUUGGUGAUCACAGCCAUCUCUCGCUUCCAGCGCCUCCAGACUGUCACCAACUACUUCAUCAUCUCGCUGGCUUGUGCUGACCUGGUGAUGGGGCUGGGCGUGGUGCCCUUUGGUGCCUGCCACAUCAUCAUGGAGAUGUGGGUGUUUGGGAACUUCUGGUGCGAGUUCUGGACCUCGUUGGAUGUGCUGUGCGUCACGGCCAGCAUCGAGACCCUGUGCGUCAUCGCUGUGGAUCGGUACUUCGCCAUCACCUCCCCUUUCAAGUACCAGAGCUUGCUGACUAAGAGCAAGGCAUGUGUGGUCAUCCUCAUUGUGUGGGUGGUCUCAGCCCUCACCUCCUUCUUGCCCAUCCAUAUGCACUGGUACCGUGCAGACAGUGAGGAGGCCAUUCAGUGCUAUGAGAAGGAUACAUGUUGUGACUUCUUCACCAACCAGGCCUAUGCCAUUGCCUCCUCCAUCAUCUCUUUCUACAUACCACUGGUUGUCAUGGUUUUCGUCUAUGCCAGGGUCUUCCAGGUGGCCAAGAAGCAGUUGCAGAAGAUAGACAGGAGCGAGAGGAGGUUUCACACCCAGAACAAGGAGCAGGAGCAGAAAGGGGGAGGUGGGUAUCGCCGUUCCACCAAGUUCUUGAAGGAGCACAAGGCCCUCAAGACCUUGGGCAUCAUCAUGGGCACCUUCACACUGUGCUGGCUGCCCUUCUUCAUCGUCAACAUCAUGCAUGUCAUCCAGGAAGACAUCAUUCCCAAGUAUCUGUAUAUCCUCCUGAACUGGCUGGGCUAUGUCAACUCUGGCUUCAACCCUCUGAUCUACUGCCGCAGCCCAGACUUCAGACAUGCCUUCCAGGAGCUCCUGUGCCUCCGCAAGCCUGCCCUGAAGAUGCAUGCCAACGGCUACUCCAACAGCAAGGGCAGGAGUGGCUACAAUGAGGAGGACAAUGGCUACCCCUUGGCAUCGGAUAAAACCUGUGAGUUGCUGUGUGAAGAGGGUUCCGUCCCUCACCCCGAGGACUUUCUGCACCGCAAAGGUAUUGUGCCUAGCGGGCAGGGUGCUGCGGGCUCUGUGUGA